AUGUGGACUGCUUCCGGGCUGGUCAUUUUGAUCACAGGCGCUUUCAGCCACGCCAGCCAUGCGCCGCGCCAGGCCGGCUCGAGCAUCACGGUCGACCUCGGCAAGACCUACCAGACGAUGGACGGCUUCGGUGCCUCGGAGGCCUUCCAGCGGGCCGUGCAGAUGAGCAAGCUGCCCCAAGCCGAGCAACGCCGAGCCCUCGACCUACUCUUCUCCACCACAAAGGGCGCGGGCCUGUCGAUCCUGCGCAACGGGAUCGGCUCCUCGCCGGACAUGAGCUCCGAUCACAUGGUCUCGAUCGCCCCCAAGAGCCCCGGUUCGCCGAGCAAGCCGCUCAUCUAUGCGUGGGACGGGUCGGACAACAAGCAGCUCUGGGUUUCGCAAGAGGCGCAGCACACCUACGGGGUAAAGACGAUCUAUGCGGAUGCUUGGAGCGCUCCGGGGUAUAUGAAGACCAAUGGCAACGAUGCUAAUGGCGGUAAUCUGUGUGGUGUUAGCGGGGCGACCUGCUCGUCAGGGGACUGGAAACAGGCUUAUGCAGACUAUCUCGUCAGGUACAUCCAGUUCUAUCAAGAGUCGAACGUGACGAUUUCACAUGUUGGCUUCCUGAACGAGCCUGAGCUCACUGCUUCAUAUGCGUCCAUGAGGUCCAACGGUCAGCAAGCAGCCGACUUCAUCAAGGUCCUCUACCCAACCCUUCAGAAGGCCAACCUCAGCCAUGUCCAGAUCAACUGCUGCGACGCCGAGGGCUGGAGCAGCCAGGCCGUGAUGCUGGGUCAGCUACGCUCUGUCGACGACUCCAUAGGUGUCAUCACAGCUCACGCCUAUACAUCAUCUCCCGGCUCACCCAUGAACACCAAGCACCGCGUCUGGCAGACAGAGGCUGCCGACCUCAACGGCAACUGGAAUGCCGCGUGGGUAGGCGGUGGCGGCGGCGGCGAGGGCAUCACGUGGGCGAACAACAUCUUCCAGGCGGUCGUGAACGCGAAUGCCUCUGCGUAUCUCUACUGGAUCGGCGUGCAACAGGGCCCUACAAACUCGAAGCUGAUCCGCAUCGACGGCAACACUGUCAACCCGUCGAAGAGGCUGUGGGCCUUUGCCAACUGGAGCCGGUUCGUUCGUCCUGGUGCGGUCCGCGUCGGCACCUCUGGGGCUGGCAACGGGCUGCGUAAUUCGGCUUUCAAAAACGUCGACGGCUCGAUCGCGGUGCAGUUCAUCAACGGCGGUGGCAGUGUAGCUAGCGUCUCUGUCAAGGUCAACGGGGCGAACGUGAGUGCCGUCAAGGGAUGGAUCACGGACAACACCCAUGACGUGGGUGAGCUUGCCGCUACCAUCACCAACGGCGUGGCGAGUGCGAGCAUUCCCGGUCGGUCGAUGGUGACCUUGGUCCUGAUGGAAGCGGACGAGCCCGCAAGCACGAACUAA